GAAAAUGGUCUUAAAGACCAAAACCCACAUCAUGUGUCUGCAUUUUCGCCAUUUUAUAACCAGAAAUCCCAUUCUCUGAUACGCUCAUGUUCACACGAGCCGUUCCUUUCGUAAAUCUAAUUAAGAGCAACGAGUAAGAUCAGGGUCUCUCUCUCUCUCUCUCUUCCUUCGCGCGCUUGAGACUAGAGGGGUCACCCAACGCGGAAGAACGAAGGCAAGAAGUAAAGGGAGAGAAAACGAAGCAGAAGAAAGAAAGAAGGCCUUUGCACUGUUCAGAUCGGAGAGCCCAGCGAUGCUUUCCACCGUCAGAUCCUUCUCUCUCUUAUUCGCUUUUCUUCUCAUCGUCUCUCAAGCUUUUGCUUCCGAGUCUGAUCACAAGUAUCAACCAGAAGAUCCGGUGACCCUUUGGGUAAACAAGGUUGGACCCUAUAAUAAUCCACAAGAAACAUACAACUACCAUAGCCUUCCAUUUUGCCAGCCAGCUGGCAGUGCUUCUCAUAAAUGGGGUGGCCUCGGUGAGGUUCUUGGUGGAAACGAGCUUAUCGAUAGUCAGAUUGACAUAAAGUUUCAAAAAAAUGUGGAUAAGGCUUCCAUAUGUGAACUUGAACUUGAUGCAGCAAAGGUUAAACAAUUCAAGGAUGCAAUUGAAAAUACUUAUUGGUUUGAAUUCUUCAUGGAUGAUCUGCCUUUGUGGGGUUUUGUUGGUGAGCUCCAUGCUGACAAAAACAAUGAUAACAAACAUUUGCUUUAUACACACAAGAAUAUUAUUGUCAAGUACAAUGGAGAUCAGAUUAUUCAUGUUAAUCUCACUCAGGACAACCCUAAACCCUUGGAAGUGGGGAAAUUACUGGAUUUGACAUAUUCUGUGAGAUGGAUUUCAACAAAUGUCACUUUUGCACGGCGUUUUGACAUUUAUCUGGACUAUCCUUUCUUUGAGCACCAGAUUCAUUGGUUCUCCAUUUUCAAUUCUUUCAUGAUGGUUAUCUUCCUUACUGGCUUGGUGUCAAUGAUUUUAAUGCGAACCCUGAGAAAUGACUAUGCAAAAUAUGCUCGGGAAGAUGAUGACCUGGAGACUUUGGAAAGGGAUGUGAGUGAGGAGUCUGGUUGGAAACUUGUCCAUGGUGAUGUUUUCCGGCCUUCCCGCAACUUGGUUCUACUUUCUGCUCUUGUUGGCACAGGUGCUCAACUUGUGAUGCUUGUUCUCCUUGUUAUCCUCUUGGCUAUCAUUGGGAUGUUGUAUGUCGGACGAGGACAAAUUGUCACAACUUUUAUAGUAUGCUAUGCUCUUACAUCAUUCAUUUCGGGUUAUGUGAGUGGUGGAUUGUAUUCACGCAAUGGUGGUAAAAACUGGAUAAAAUCGAUGAUCCUCACAGCAUCACUUUUCCCCUUUAUGUGCUUUGGCAUUGGCUUCAUCCUUAACACAAUUGCAAUAUUCUAUGGUUCCCUAGCUGCCAUUCCCUUUGGGACAAUGGUGGUUGUGUUUGUCAUUUGGGCUUUCAUCUCCUUCCCUCUGGCACUUCUUGGUACAGUUGUUGGAAGAAAUUGGAGUGGUGCUCCAAACAAUCCUUGUCGUGUCAAGACCAUUCCUCGUCCCAUCCCUGAGAAGAAAUGGUAUCUCACACCUUCCGUAGUAUCUCUGAUGGGAGGAUUGCUUCCCUUUGGCAGCAUCUUCAUUGAAAUGUACUUUGUCUUCACAUCCUUCUGGAAUUAUAAGGUGUACUAUGUCUAUGGUUUUAUGUUGCUGGUCUUCCUCAUUCUCAUUAUUGUUACUGUUUGUGUCACAAUUGUGGGGACAUAUUUCUUGCUAAAUGCUGAGAAUUAUCACUGGCAAUGGACUUCAUUCUUCUCUGCUGCAUCAACAGCGGUCUACGUGUACCUUUACUCUAUAUAUUACUACUAUGUUAAGACUAAGAUGUCAGGCUUCUUCCAGACCAGCUUCUAUUUUGGAUACACUCUGAUGUUUUGUCUUGGUUUGGGAAUCCUCUGUGGGGCUGUGGGUUAUCUGGGCUCUACACUCUUCGUAAGGAGGAUUUACAGGAACAUUAAAUGUGACUAGUGAUGUUUCGAGGACAAAUAGGCCUGUUAGUGAUUUCCAGAGUCUCAUUCACUGAGGCACAAUUGUUAAAGAGGAAGCACCGUCACUUGAUCAACUCCCAGCGAUGUUUACAGAUGGAAACCAAAGGGUCCGAGGGAUGUGUUUAAUUUUGUCCAGUACUUGGGGGAAGGCUUUGCAUUUUCUUUCCCUUCUCCGGCUGUAAGUGAGAAAGACUUCUUUAAUUCAAGAGUGCAGGGAUUGUGUCAUAGUCUAGAAAUUAGAACAAUUAACUCUACAGUCAUUAACCUUUUCUUUAAUUUUUAUUUGCCUAUGCCAU